CCCGAUUCACCCAGCAUCGGUUGCCUUGAAUGCCUCAAACGUACAAAACAGAAGAACAACACAUAUAUUGUACCUAUUUGUCAAUAAAAUAAGGCUGCUUUGAAAAUGGCAAAUUCUAAGUUCGAGUACGUGAAGCAGUUCGAGCAGACCGACAAUCUCCUUCCAAACACAUGGAUCGUGGUCAGGAUCGAUGGCCGGGGGUUUACCAAGUUCUCAGCAAAAUAUGCGUUUGAGAAGCCCAACGACAAGCGGGCGCUCGAGCUCAUGAACGCGGCAGCCAGGGCAGUCAUGGCCGAGCUCCCAGACAUCACCAUUGCAUAUGGCGUCAGCGAUGAGUACAGUUUUGUCUUCCACAAGAGCUGCAGUCUUUUUGAGCGUCGCGCGAGCAAGUUAAUCUCGACGGUCGUCUCGACCUUCACCGCCUACUACAUCCAUCUUUGGCCGGUUCACUUCCCGGAUACCCCUCUGUCACCCCCAUUGCCGAGCUUCGACGGCCGGGCUGUGUGCUAUCCGACGGUGCAAAAUCUGCGAGAUUACAUGAGUUGGAGACAAGUAGACUGCCACAUCAACAAUCUUUACAACACGACAUUCUGGGCGCUCAUCCAGUUAGGGGGGCUCGAUGCCACAGAGGCGGAGAAGACCUUAAAGGGGACCUAUGCCGCGGAUAAGAACGAGAUCCUGUUUUCGAGAUUCGGCAUCAACUACAACAACGAACCGGAAAUGUACAAAAAGGGCAGUGUCGUGUUUCGGGAUUAUGAGCUGGUGGAACCUGGCACGCACAACACCACCGCCGAGGUGGACAAUCUGGCGGAGCCGGUGCAGCAGUCCAAGACACAGACCGAAAACGACAAGAAGCGAAGGGCAAAGGCGCGGAUUGUGGUACAACACCUUGACAUUAUCAAGGACGAUUUCUGGGACCGCCGGCCCUGGUUGCUAUCCAACAAACCGGGCAAAGUACCCAAGGAGCCCUGAGGCCGUAAGACAACCCGGCCAUCCAUCCAAACACCAUCCGGCGCCGAGAUAGCUCGCUGUCGUCGCACCCAACCUCCCUGCCGCAGAUGGGUCGCUGGCAAAGGCCCGCAAAACUGCGGCCUCCCGCACUUGGA